AUGCCAGCAUUGCAUCCAUGGCUGAGGACUAAGUACUUAGACACUCCAUGGGACUCACCGGUCGUUUCAGUCAUUCCGACAGUGCGUCACUGCGCCCUCACGUCUCCAACCACUAUCUUCACUUUCACGACGAACAAUGUCUUCUUCCUAUGGAAACACUUGAAAACAGAGCUGCCUAGCGGGCAAGCGUAUGACUUUGAACAACUCAAAGGGAAGGUUGUUUUGAUUGUCAAUGUUGCAUCCAAGUGUGGUUUCAUUCCCCAAUACAAAGCAUUCUUCCAGAGAGCCAACUCCCACCGAGUGGGAGCGCCUCGGAGUGAACGUAUCAAGAGUACGCAGACUUUGCUUAGGCGGCGCACAGAUGGCAUUGGUAGUGCCCUGGAUCUAUUUUGCCCUAUCCUGCGCCCAGAUAUCAUUGGUCAUGUCCUGAAGAGGCUUUUCGAGCAGUUCCCCCCUACCACACUCUUCCCGAACCUUUGCGAAUUGCAUUUUGAGGCCGUGUUUGGUCUUCUGGAACAUAGCUCAAAAUUCUGGCUGCUUCGGCAGUUCAUUUCGCCUAGAUUGCAAGCGCUCCGGUUUGAUGUAACUGGCAUCCCAAUGCAUAAGUGGAGAAAUUACUUGCUGCUCUUCCCGCAGAAGCGCACGCCCGGCCGAAGUCACCGCGUUCGUGGAAUCCCUGGCGACGUCGUGCCAAUUUUUGAACAUUUGGAACGGAUCUAUGUGAUCGACAAAUCAGAGCAUCCUGAUUAUCUGCUCGUCAUCCCACUCCACUCCGAAAGUUUCCGGCCAUCGUUCAAGUUCAAGGGGCUGUCGUCUGUCAAAUUCAUCGGCAUUGGAAAUUUCGAACUUGACGAUAGUUUCCUCAAUGAUGUCCCAGUUGCCUGGCCGGGUAUCCAGGAAUUGAAGUUCAUCUCCUGGAAGAGACGGGCCUCUUAUAGCGUCACCUUCACCGCCAUGAUAUCAUUGGCGUCAAGGUGCAGAUCGCUGCAGACCCUACAUCUGACGGUGGAUGCUACGCAAUCGACGACGAUUCCUCGAGCCCCGGGCGGGACCGAGAAGCUUUGGCCUACGCAAACCACCCUUCGCAACCUGCAUCUUGGGUACUCCCGGGUGUCGGAAGUUGCACACAUACCAUAUUUUCUGGCCGAUGUAUUUCCAACUCUAUGGGAUUUCAAAUUUUACGAGCGUUACGUGAGGAAUUGCGCUGCCGAUAUUGAUCUGCGAUUAGCACUGGAGGAAGCAUAUUCGCAACUAAUGACGCUUCGGAACUCCCCUUACGACAAUUCGGAUAAGCUAUGGGAGACUGAUUCAGACGACAGUGGGACGUGA